AUGAAUAGAGUUGGUUAAAUCGGGUCUCAAAAAUCUGACGAUUGGCUAAUUAGAAAAAUAAGUCCUCUUAUUGAUUCGAUUAAUCAAUAGAAUCAAUAAGUAUCUAAUAAAGGAUUAUAAUAAUUUUUAUUAUUGGAAUCAGAUUCUAAAGUUUUGUUAGAUGAAUUAAAAUAGUAAAUAGUUAUACUAAAUAUAAGAAUAUUAUAAUUAAAACUUAAAAAUCCAUAUAAAAAAAUUUUCUAUUCAUUAUUGAAAUGGAAAAUUCUAAAAUACUAUGGUAUGUAAACAUUUACAGAAUUAUUAACCAUUUGCAUUUUGAAAAUUCUGAAUAAAUCUACUCUUUCUAUAAUUAAUUUUAAGAAUGAUUCUAAUUCAAUUAAAUAAGUUGUAUUUUGGAUAAUGUGUUUAGUUUCAUUUUAAAUAUUUAAGUAUCAUUAAUAUUAAAUAAAUAGGACUUAUUAAAAAUCAAAACUUGAUUAAGAUGCAAAUUUAUUAAAUAUGAGAAUGAAAACUAUUAUUGAAUAUUUAAUUUAUGAAAAAUCUCUUAAAGUUAAAUGUAUUACUAAAAUAGAAGGUGAUACUCAUACUGCAAAUAUAUAUGUAUUUAUUGUUAUCUAAUUAUUAAGACAUUAUUAACUGCUGAUGUUGAAUUAUUAAUAAAAAUAAUAUCAGUAAUUAAAGAUAUUUGGUAGGCAAUCCUUAUUUUAAGUGGAUGUUUAUAUUUAUUAUAUUCAACUGAACCAGAAGCUGGAUCAAUAAUUGUUAUUGCUAUGAUUAGUUAUUAAGUUAUAAACUUUAUUUUAACUUUUAUAAUGACAAAGGCAGAGGCUCAACAUUUAAUUUAUAAAGAUAAAAGAGUUAGUUUAUAAUCUGAUAUCAUUGAAGGAAUGAAAUAGAUUAAAUUCUUAUCUUGGGAAAGAAUAUUUUAUGAGAAAAUUAUGAAAUUAAGAAAAAGUGAAUUUUAGAUGUUAACUAUUUAUAAAGCAUUAGAUGGUUUUGGAGCUGUAUUUUGGAAUAAUAUAAGCUACAUUCUAUUAUGUAUUUUUGUAAUAAGUUCAGUCAAUAAUGGUAAAAAUUUAAAAGAGUUGAAUAUCUUCUCAUUGAUAGCCAUAUUCAAUACUAUGAUAUUUCCUCUAUGUAUUCUCCCUUGGAGUUUAAGUGUUGGAUAUAUGUCAUUAAUUUCAUUUAAUAGAUUUAUAUAAUUUUUAGAUCAAGAAGAGAUUAAUCCUGAUGAUAGUAUACAAAUAGAAGAAUCUCAAAAUAAGUAUGCUAUUAUAAUAAAUAAUUCAAAUUAUUUUUGGCCUAUUUCAGAAUAAGAAUCAUAAGAUUUAAAACAAAAUUAAAUAAUAAAAGAAAAAUUAAUAAAUUCUCAUCAAAAUUGUUAAAAAUUUACAAUAAAAAUGAAUAAUAUAAAAUUUGAAAAGAACACCUUAAAUUUUAUAAUUGGAAAAAUAGGUUCAGGUAAAAGUGCAUUUAUUAAUGCAAUACUAAAUGAAUUAAAAAGUUAAAAUUUGUUUACUGAUAAUUUAGAUACAUAAUAGAAUUUAGACUUAAGUUUUGAUCUAGGAUAGAAUUAAUAAAUAUAAAUUUCAGGUAGAAUUGGUUAUUGCUCAUAAACAUCUUGGAUUUAAAAUUUAUCAAUUAAAGAUAACAUAUUAUUUGGUGAACCUUUUAAUUAAGAAUUAUAUAAUAAAAUUAUAGAUAUUUGCUAAUUAUAGCAAGAUCUAAGUAAUUUCGAAUAGCAUGAUUUACAUUUGAUAGGCCCAGAUGGAAAGAAUAUUAGUGGAGGAUAAAAACAAAGGAUUGCAUUAGCUAGAGCAUUAUAUUAAUAAAGAGAUACUUAUCUAUUUGAUGACAUUUUAUCAUCCCUUGAUCAAAAUAUUGCAGAUUUGAUAUUUUAAAAUGUUAUUGUAGAUUACUUGAUAAAUAGUGGAAAGACUGUAUUACUUAUUACUUCGAAUUAUAAAUAUAUUAAUAUUGCUUAAUAAUUAAUAAAAACUAAUACUGUUCUUAUUGAUAAUGGAGAAAUUAUUGAUAAUAAAGAAAUUAUUAGUUAAUAUUUAAAAAGCAAAUCUUAAAAAUAAGAUUAUCAUUCUUAUAUUGAAAAAGAAUUAGACUAAGUAUUAAAUUAGGAAAUUUAACUAUAAAAUUCAUUUAAGGGAAAAGAAAAUGAAGAAGUUAUAUUAGAUGAUAAUAAUGAAGAAAUAGGAUAAAUAAGAGCUAUUAAUUGGGGAACAUGGAGAACAUAUUUCAAUAGUAUGAAUUUCAGAUUAUUUCUCAUUUGGUUUUUUAUCAAUUUUUAUAUGUAAGGAUCUAUGUCAUUAAUUGAUUUUUGGUUAAAAUCUGAAUUAUAAUCAGAAGAUUAAUGGUUACAUAAAAUAACAAAAUAUUUUGACAAUUCUUUUUCUAAGACCCUAUUCUAUUUAACUAUCAUAGCUCUUAUGAUUACUGUGAUAAGAUAAACAUUAUAUGUUAUUUGUGCAUUACUAGCUUCUUGGUCUAUAUUUAAAAAGUAAAAUUAAAUAUUAUAUAUUUAGACUUAAUAAUGUUUUAAUGUGUACAGUGAUGAGUUUCUAUGAUAGAACAAAUGCAGGUUAAAUAAUAAAUAGGAUUUAGGAUGACACAUAUAUUAUUGAUAUGGAUAUUAAUUCUGGAAUUCACUGUUUUCUUGAAAAUCUAAGUAGAAUAUCAGGUCUAUCUAUUGGAUUAUUAAUUUUAGAACCUAGAUAUUUUUUAAUACUUAUUAUUUUCUUACUUGCAUUUUAUCAUAUUAAAAAAGCAUCUAUAUAAUCAAAUAGAGAAAUCAAAAGAUUAUAAUCUGAAAAUUUAAGUAAAUUAUUAUAAAUUGUUAAUGAAACAUUAACUGGAAUCAAAAUAAUUAGAUCAUUUUAAAAAGAAGAAUAUUUCAAAUAAAUUUUUGAAAAUUCCUUUUCAAAUUUAAUUUUAAGUAAUUAAUGUGGAGAACGAAUAAAAUUAUGGUUUUAAGUCAGAUUAAAUUUAAUGAAUAAUUUUAUUGUAAUGUUCAUAUCCUUUAUGGUUAUAUGUUCAUUAAUAUUUUAAUGGUCAGAAGAUUUUGCAAAACAUGCAUUAGCUAUUACAUAUUCUAUGAUUGUAUUAGAUAGUUUUUAUGAUACUUUUAUAUAAUAUUCAAGAGUUGAAACUGAUAUGAUUUCUGUAGAAAGAAUAUAAGAAUACUUAAAUAAUGAGACUGAAGAUAUAAACUAUGAGAAAUCUAUUGAUAAAGAAUUUUAAACAAUUCUCUUAAAUGGAAGAUAAAAUACAAUAGAAUUUAAAAAUAUCAACUUUUCUUAUGAUAAUAAUAAAUUAGCUUUAAAGAAUUUUUCUUUGAAAAUUGCUAAAGGUUAAAAAAUUGCAAUAAUUGGAAGAACUGGAUCAGGUAAAACAUCUAUUCUAAAUGUCCUUCAAGGAUUAUAUCAUUUUUAAUCAGGAGAUCUUUUGAUUAACGGAAUUAAUGUAUGAUUACAAAAAUAUUAUUAGGUAAAUUAAUUAUCAUUAAAAAAUUGGAGAAGUCAAUUAUCUAUUAUUCCCUAAUUUGGAUUUCUUUUUAGUGCUAAUGUUAAAGAAAAUUUAGAUCCAGAAGGAAGGUUUACAGAUCAAUAAAUUGAAAAAUUCAUCUAAAAUACCUAAUUUUAUUAACAAAGAAAUAAUAAUAUAAAUAGUCUUAAUUAUUUAGAUACUAAAUUCAAUAUUUCUUAAAAUGGAGCUAAUCUAUCUUGUGGUGAAAAAUAAGUUCUUAAUUUUUUGAGAAUAGUAUUAUUGAAUAAAGAUAUUGUUUGUUUAGAUGAAGCCACAUCUAAUAUGGAUCCAUACACUAAUCAAGUAUUAUAUUAAUAAUAUAUAAAGUUGUUAAAUGAAAAUUUAAUUGAGUUUACAAAAGAUAAGACUUUACUUGUUAUAACUCAUAGACUUGAAAAUAUAUAAUAAUAUGAUUAAAUUGUAGUAAUGGAAGAAGGAGAAAUAAUAGAAUAAGGAAAUUAUUAAGAAUUGAUUUUAUCAAAAAAAGGAUACUUUAGAAAAUUGAUAAAUACUCAUACUACAACAUUAAAUAAAAUUGGAAUUUGA